AUGGGAAAGAAACGGCGCUCACUGGAAGAUAUCUUGUCGACAACAUGCUCAGCUUGCAACGAAGGCUUUGACACGAUGCAAGGUCUCGCAGCACAUCAAAGCAUGAGCAAGAAGUGCGCAUGGUACAAGAAAGGGAAACUCAAGGAAGUGUUUGAGCUUGACGAAAUCGAAUAUUUGGACAGCGAAGGGCCUUGGGUUGAGGACAAAGUAGAAAGGUCAGCAAACGGUUACGACGACAGUCACGACGAGAAUGACAAGGGCGAAGGUGGGAGCCAAAAUCAUAUUGCGCAUCACGAUCGUUGUAGCAGUCCUGUCGGCCCACCGUUAUCUUCGGAUGAAGACCCAGAGGACGCGUCGGAGCUGGGAUCUAUGUACGACUUUAUCGAGGUCUCUCCAUCUGAACGCGCCUCAAGUACUGCUGGCCCGUCUUCGUCUCGGUCCAGACGGAAUGCUCUCACCUUGGACGAUGACGAAGAUUCAAGAGUAGAACAUAUCGACAUGAGCUCUGCAGCUGUUAUCCGAACUGACGAGGUGAUACGGAAGAGGUGGCAGGAACAGAGGGAGAGGGAGAAACAGCCACCAGGUGAGCUGUGCUCUGUACGAGUCCUACAAAGCGCUCGAGAGUACGGAAGAUCAGGCAGAGGGAACCAACCCGUGGGCUCCAUUUCAAAGCAAAAUGGACUGGCGGUUUGCAUCGUGGGCGGUUCAGGAGGGCCUGAGUCAGGGUUCUGUAGAUAG